UAUGGGCGUGUCUUAUUGUUAUGAUAUGCUUCUGUGCGUUAACCUGGCAUUGGAGAGCCAGAAAAAACUACGCUCAUUUGCCAUCCUAUACGAAUCUACCAUUAUUGGGAAACGCUUACAAAUUGUAUGGAAAUUCACGGAAGCUAUUCCUAACAUUUGAAGACGUAACGAAGAAAUGUGAAAGUGCUAACAAACCAUUUGUGUUCUGGGCGGGACCAAUGCCGAUUUUAUUAUUGAGUGACCCUGAUGAUAUCAGACUGGUGGCAAACACCUUCAUAGAAAAACCAUACUAUUACAAAUUUGCUAAUGCUUGGCUUGGAAAUGGCUUAUUUACUGCGCCUGGUUGGAUAUGGAAGAAGAACAUUAAAAAGAUGGCGAGCACGUUUAUAGGACCAGCUGUAGAUCAAUACCAAGUGUUUUUCAAUGAUCAAGCGCAGAAAUUAGUUCAAAAGUUGGUGCGGGAAGUGGACGGCGAUUUCUUUGAACCCUUCCCAUACUUGUGCUUUUCAGCUUUGGAAACUAUUUGUCAGGCUGGCCUUGGGGUGUCGAAAUCCAAUAAUAUGGUGACAGAGGAGUACUAUAAAGCCUUUCAUCGCACCCUCGAUCUGAUUGUGGAUAGAGGCACCAAUAUUCUGCUGCACCCAGAAUGGCUGUACCGUUUGACGCCAGCGUAUAAGGAGCUCUUGAAAUGUGUUGAUGUUUUGCACAAUGUCUCAAAAACCAUAAUGAAUAAUAAAAAAAUAGAACGCGCAAGAAGAAACGACGACAAUCAUAUUGAUAAUGAUAAAGAUUCUUUUCAAUCCUUUUUGGAUAAAUUACUGGAGCUCCGGGAACAUGACCCAACUCUUACUGACCAACAAAUCUUGUGGGAAACUGCAACUAUCAUAUUGGCCGGACAGGAAACGGUCGCUACCAGCCUCUUCUAUACUCUUCUUGUUAUAGGCAGUAGGAAGGAUGUCCAAGAGAAGAUGUAUGAAGAGAUAAUGAGGACAGUUGGCGAUAGACCGUUAAAGAAGGAAGACUUGGUUCAGCUAACCUACUGUGAAGCAGUUAUUAAUGAAAGCCUUAGAUUGUAUCCACCAGCUGUCGCCGUAUUACGAAUGGCUGACCAGGACUUGAAGAUCAGUUCCUGUACUAUAACCAAAGGUACCACGGCAAUAAUAAACAUAUGGGGUGCGGGAAGAUCGAAACGUUUGUGGGGUGAUGAUGCAGCCGAGUUCAGACCAGAGAGAUGGCUCCCACCGAACAUCCCCAGCACAAGUUCACAUUUACCUUUUAGCUCGGGGAAAAGAGCUUGUAUAGGCAAGAAAUACUCAAUGGCAUUUUUGAAGACAGUUUUGGUGUACUGCAUACGAAGUUAUGAAAUAAUUACCGACGACAAUUUCAACAGAAUGGAGUUUAAAAUCGACAUUGUGUUACGACCUUUGAAUGACUGUUUUAUGAAGAUACAACUGCGCAAGUCCAACUAAGCAAUGAUGAUUAUUUUUUU